CGCACACGACACAGCUCACUCAGCUCUCUGGGCCACUACAAGAUAUAUCACCUUUAAACUUUGAUAAUUCAUUUGCUCACCUGUCUAGCUCCAUAUUAAUUUUGUCCCCUUUGAAUUGAUAUAUGGAGAAUACUAAAACACCAUUCCCUGAAUCAUUAGCACUACACAUUCACGAUACAACAACGGUCGAAUUUCCAAUGAACACUACGGGUUCUGGUGAGGGAGACAGAGGCCAUGCUGAAUACCAGACUUCAUCUGAUCAUUUUGAAAACAAUAAUAAUAAUGACAAGAUACAAAGGGAUUCUAGCUAUAACUUUGCACAGGAUGUGUAUAACUACGAAUCCGGUGCCUUCCAGGCCCAUUCUCCAAUUACAGAGAGCCCGGGCCAGUUAAGCCCAAAGGACGUCAGGGUUUCGUUUAAUGAUGAAGUUAUUAAGCCUCAAAAAGUUCGACGAAGAUCCCAUCUUAGUGGUCAUAGUGGUGACUUUACCGGUCGUAGUGAAGAAGUGGUUACUUGUUCAUCAAAUGCUGCAUUUAAGCGAGACUCGAGUUUGAUGAGAAUGAAAACAAAGUCAAGGCUAAUGGAUCAACCCGAGAUUGACCCAAGGCCGCAGAGAACACCUAAUAGGUCGGGGAACUUAGGAAAAUUAGGCCGUGGUGAAGUUGAAGAAGAUGACGAAUUCUCGUUAGAUGAUGAUUUGCCAGACGAGUACAAUAAGUUAAGGUAUAACAGGUGGACGUUAUUUCAGUUAGCCAGUUUAAUAUUAAUCAUUGGUGCUUUAGUUUGUACACUUGCAAUCCCAAAUUUUAGAAAGAAAAACUUAUAUGAUUUGAAAUGGUGGAAAUGGGAGGUUAUGAUAUUAGUUGUUAUAUGUGGGAGAUUAGUUUCUGGAUGGGUGAUUAGGAUUUUAGUGUUCUUCAUAGAGAGAAACUUUGUACUAAGAAAACGCGUUCUUUAUUUUGUUUACGGGUUAAGAAAAGCAGUGCAGAAUUGCAUUUGGCUGACUCUGGUUUUGAUCGCUUGGGAAUGCAUUCUUAUUAAAAAGAUUGAGAGGUUGACAAUCGGGAAGACGGUUUUACCAUAUGUAACUAAGAUUUGGAUUUGUCUUUUGGUAGGAACCGUUUUUUGGUUAUUGAAAACUGUGUUGAUAAAUGUUCUUGCUUUGUCUUUCCAUGUAAGCAAGUUUUUUGAUCGGAUUCAAGAUUCUUUAUUUAAUCAAUACGUGAUCGAAACACUCUCUGGGCCACCGGUGAUUGAGAUUAAGCAAAACCAACAAGAAGAAGAUCAAUUGAUGGAAGAGGUUGAGAGGCUUCGAAGUGUGGGGGCAAAUUUACCAACACAACACAAGGAAAAUAUCUUCCAAGGGUUUAGAGGUAUAGGAACCCCGAGGUCAGGUACUCGUGUGGCUAGUAAGAUAGAAAGUCUAAGGAAUAAUGAAAAUGGAAUAACGAUUGAUCACUUGCAUAAGAUGAACCAGAAAAAUAUAUCUGCUUGGAAUAUGAACAGGAUGAUGAAUAUUAUAAACACAAGUAUGCUAACUACUUCACAUGAACAACCGCAAGAUCUAAAUAGCGGUGAUGAUGAUACUUCUAUGCACAUAACAAGUGUAAACCAGGCUAAACUUGCAGCCAAGAAGAUAUUUUGCAAUGUGGCAGAGCCGGGCUUUAAGAACAUUUAUCUUGAAGAUUUGAUGCGAUUUUUGCGAUAUGAUGAAGCUUUGAAAACAAUUCACCUCUUUGAUGAAGCAAGUGUGACCAAAGGAAUUAGCAAACGAGCUCUGAAAAAUUGGUUGGUUUGCGUGUUCAGAGAGCGUAGAGCGCUUGCGUUAUCACUCAGCGAUACAAAAACAGCUGUGGAGAAGCUUCAUCAGAUGUUAAACGUCGUCGUGGGAAUCAUAAUAGUUGUUAUUUGGCUUCUUAUACUUAAACUUGCGACAACACAGUUCUUUAUAUUCUUAAGCUCACAGCUAGUUUUGAUAGCGUUUGUGUUUGGAAACACGUGCAAGACUUUGUUCGAGGCUGUAAUAUUCUUAUUUAUAAUGCAUCCAUUUGAUGUUGGUGAUCGUUGCGAAAUUGAUGGUGUUCAGAUGGUAGUUGAAGAGAUGAAUAUAUUAACAACUGUCUUCUUGAGAUAUGAUAAUCAGAAAAUAGCGUAUCCAAACAGUGUCCUGUGUACUAUGCCAAUUGCUAAUUUCCAUCGUAGUCCUGACAUGGGUGAUGGUAUUGAUUUUUGCAUCCAUGUAUCAACUCCUGCCGAAAAGGUUGCCAAAAUGAAGGAACUGCUAAAAAACUAUAUAGAGAAGAAGUGUGAGCAUUGGCAACCCGAUCCAAUGAUUGUGACAAGGGAUGUGGAGGACAUGAACCGGAUCAAAAUGUCAAUAUGGCUUUCACACAGAAUGAAUUUUCAAGACAUGGGUGAAAGAUGGGUACGGCGUGCUCUUUUAGUCGAGGAGAUGAUCAAGAUUUUCAAAGAUCUUGACAUUGAAUACCGUAUGCUCCCUCUGGAUGUCAAUGUUCGUAAUUUACCUGGGUUGGCUUCAAAUCGUCUUCCCUCAAAUUGGACAGCUUGUGCAAAUUGAUCUGCCAUUGAAGCAAAAAUCAUACUUCUCUAGACUUAUAUUUAAAUGGCAAUAAAGUAAUAAGCAGGAUGUAUUGUUAGUAAUAUGCGUCUACAAUGUGUAUUUGACUUGAAUUUUGAGUGAUAUUAAGGUUGUGAUCAAGAUUUGAUAUUUUUGUGCAAGUAAACGUUAUAUAAACCAUAUGACUUUAACCGUA